CCCUCCUCACAUGAGUGUUGGUGAAAAUGGGGGAUACAAGGGACAUCUGUCCUCACCUGGAUUCCAUAGGAGAGGUGACCAGGGAUGAUCUGCUGCUCAAAUCCAAGGGAACUUGCCAGUCUUGUGGAGCUGUGGGACCAAACCUCUGGGCUUGUCUUCAGAUUGGUUGUCCUUAUGUUGGUUGUGGGGAGUCCUUUGCUGACCACAGCACACUUCAUGCACAGGCCAAGAAGCACAACCUGACAGUGAACCUGACCACGUUCCGCGUGUGGUGCUAUGCCUGUGAGAAGGAGGUGUUCCUGGAGCAGCGCCUGGCCGCUCACCCGCCCUCUCCCCCCGCCAGGUUCCCUGAGCCGGAUUCUCCUUUGCCUGCACACCCUCUGAAAGCUGUUCCAAUUGCAGUGGCUGAUGAAGGUGAAUCUGAAUCAGAGGAUGAUGACCUGAAACCAAGAGGCCUUACUGGAAUGAAAAAUCUUGGGAACUCCUGCUACAUGAAUGCAGCACUUCAGGCUCUCUCAAACUGCCCACCUCUCACACAGUUUUUCCUGGAAUGUGGUGGUCUGGUCCGUACGGAUAAGAAACCUGCCCUGUGCAAGAGUUACCAGAAGUUGGUGUCCGAGGUUUGGCACAAGAAACGCCCGAGUUAUGUUGUUCCAAGCAGUCUAUCCCAUGGAAUCAAGCUUGUCAAUCCCAUGUUCCGGGGCUAUGCACAGCAGGACACCCAGGAGUUCCUGCGCUGCCUGAUGGAUCAGCUCCAUGAAGAACUGAAGGAACCAGUUGUUGCAGAGACGAGGGAUUUGGACACCAGUGACCAGGAGGACAAGCGGGAGGGCGACCGAAGCCCUUCAGAGGACGAGUUCCUCUCCUGUGACUCCAGCAGUGACAGGGGCGAAGGAGAGAGCCAGAGUCGGACCUCAGGGAGCAUGGGCAGCAGCUCCCUGGCAGAGACAGAGCUGCUGAUCCAGGAUGAAGCAGGGAGAGGGAUCUCAGAGAAGGAGAGGAUGAAGGACAGAAAGUUCUCCUGCAGCCAUCGGCGCAGCAACUCGGAGCAGGUGGAUGAGGAUGCAGAUGUUGACACUACAAUGAUGCCAGUCGAUGGCAGAGCCUCACCUGAGAUGCUGCCAGCUCCCUGUCCUGCCAGCCCAUGUAGGACACCAGAACCUGACAAUGAUGCCUAUGUGCGCUGCUCCUCACGCCCUUGCAGCCCAGUCCACCAUGAAAUGCACUCCAAGCUCUCCAGCAGCCCUCCCCGCUCCAGUCCUGCCAGGCUUGGACCUUCCUACAUACUCAAGAAAGCCCAGAUGCAGGCUUCUGGGAAGAAGAAGAAGGAGCUCCGUUACCGCAGUGUGAUUUCCGACAUCUUCGACGGCUCCAUCCUCAGCCUGGUGCAGUGCCUCACCUGUGACAGAGUUUCUACAACAGUGGAGACAUUCCAGGACCUGUCACUCCCAAUCCCAGGGAAAGAGGACUUGGCCAAGCUGCACUCUGCCAUCUACCAAAACGUGCCAGCCAAGACAGGGGCAUGUGGGGACAACUAUGCCUCCCAAGGCUGGAUUGCUUUCAUCAUGGAGUAUAUCCGGAGAUUUGUGGUGUCCUGUAUCCCUAGCUGGUUUUGGGGUCCCGUGGUGACUCUGGAGGAUUGCCUUGCUGCCUUUUUUGCGGCAGAUGAGUUGAAGGGGGACAACAUGUACAGCUGUGAACGGUGUAAGAAGCUACGGAAUGGAGUCAAGUACUGUAAAGUCCUCCGGCUCCCAGAGAUCCUUUGCAUCCACCUGAAGCGGUUCCGGCACGAGGUGAUGUAUUCCUUCAAGAUCAACAGCCACGUCUCCUUCCCCUUGGAGGGGCUGGAUCUGAGACCUUUCCUGGCCAAGGAGUGCGUGUCCCAGAUCACCACCUACGACCUCCUGUCAGUCAUCUGUCACCACGGCACUGCUGGCAGUGGCCACUACAUUGCCUACUGCCAGAACGUGAUCAAUGGCCAGUGGUACGAGUUCGAUGACCAGUACGUCACCGAGGUCCACGAGACCGUGGUGCAGAAUGCAGAAGCCUAUGUGCUGUUCUACAGGAAGAGCAGUGAGGAGGCUGUGCGAGAGCGGCAGAAGGUCGUGUCCCUGGCCAGCAUGAAGGAGCACAGUUUGCUCCAGUUCUACAUCUCUCGAGAGUGGCUCAAUAAAUUCAACACCUUUGCUGAGCCUGGGCCCAUCACCAACCACACCUUUCUGUGCUCCCAUGGAGGGAUCCCUCCUAAUAAAUACCAUUACAUUGAUGACCUGGUUGUGAUUCUGCCCCAAAACGUGUGGGAAUAUCUCUACAACAGGUUUGGGGGUGGCCCUGCUGUGAACCAUCUGUACGUGUGCUCCAUCUGCCAAGUGGAGAUCGAAGCGCUGGCCAAGCGCCGGAGGAUCGAAAUCGACACCUUCAUCAAGCUGAACAAGGCUUUCCAGGCAGAGGAGUCUCCAAGUGUCAUCUACUGUAUCAGCAUGCAGUGGUUCCGGGAGUGGGAGGCCUUUGUCAAGGGCAAGGAUAACGAGCCUCCUGGACCAAUUGACAACACCAAGAUUGCCCUCACGAAACCAGGUGGCCACGUGCAAGUCAAGCAGGGUGCUGACUACGGGCAGAUCUCUGAGGAGACCUGGGUUUAUUUAAGCACCCUCUAUGGAGGGGGCCCUGAGAUUGCCAUCAGACAGAACGUGGCCCAGGUGCAGGAGCUGGAAAACCUGCACGGGGAGCAGAAGAUUGAAGCAGAGACACGUGCAGUGUGAUCUGGGGCAGGGCAGGGACGGCACAGGUGUUAAGAAAGGGCAUUAGAGACUUUUGCUGGGGAUGAUGAAAUUUCAUGGGAUGCACAGUCCACGCUGCUGGGCAAGAUUAGUAAAUCCAAGCAGAGUUUUUAUAAACCAGUCACAUAUUUAGUUCUUCAGCGUUUGCCAAAGGUAAAUUCUACAAAAAUUAUUCAUUACCCUGAAUAACAGCAGCAGAAUAAAUGUGUGCAGACUAUGAGAUAUGACUGUCACUAUUUCUUAAAUAAGUUUUAUGAUCCAGGCUUUUGGGAACUACUUGCCAAGUUUAUAAAAACUCCAUACAUGGUCUUUUAAUAAAACUUAUUAAAUCAGGAAUCAAUCAGUCAGCUAAAGCUAAUGCUCCUUCUACAGCACAAUUUAGAAACACAGACAUUGCAAUUGUUCCAAUAUUCCACAGAGGCUGACAAUAAUAUACUGUCCACCCAGAUUAAAUAUAGAAAAGCAAACUUUGAUCUAAUUUGUACAUAGAUGGCACAACAAUAGGUGAAAAUGAAUUCUUAGCUGCUGAUUCAACAGUGCAUUGGACAUGAGAAUAAAAAUACUGCAGCUAAAAAUAUUGUAAGGAUAUUUUUGCACACCUGUUAAUUUUUCAACCCUUUAGAUCCCCUGGCAGGUGGAGACCACAAAGCCUUGGCACAAAGCUACAGGUGCCAACCACGGGGAUCCCAUUCUGCUCUUGAUCUGAACAGCUCAGUGAGCACAGCAGCAGCAGUGGUAAGGCAGUGAUUUAUGGAUUCUGACCCUCCAGUGCUGCACAGAACAGCCCCAGCAUUGGAGCUGCCUGUGCUCAGCACAUUUGGGUUGGGUUUAAAUCACAAACCUUCUGCUGGUUCAUGCUGGCAACUCUUAAGCACCAAUCACACAACAGCUACAGGAUGAACUGUAGCACCAAGGGACUUUGUAAAAACAAAAGUUGGUAUCUAAAUGGAGAGAGAGGGACAGAAUUAUGAACACCACACAUAACCCAGCACAAAAAUCACUUCAUCCCCAACAUGGAGAGUCUGAGAUUCUGGGAUGUGUUUUGAUAUGCUGACCCUGGAGGACAGCCCAGCAGGCAGCAAAACAACACUCACCUGCCUGCAAACAAACCCUGAGGUUUCAUUUUGGGGUCACUGCCCAUAGUGGCUUCCAUGUAAAAUUUCUCAUCUUGUGGGGAUUGUACAGAACAUGCUGGAGUUGGACUAGAGCCAGUAGAUUCCCACAAAAGAGGUGUGGAUCCAUGAAUAAAUUUGGCCCUCAGGAGCUAUCGAGUGGCAACUGACUCUUGCAGGGCUCAAACAUGACCAUGACUGUAAAACCCAAACAAUGGUAACAAUUCAGGGGAAACCAAGUUAGAAUAUACAAGUUUGUGGAAGUUUAGAGAGGAAAUUGACCCUUUAUUAGGCAGUUGAAGUCCAGAUCAUGUGAUUUUUGGAGAUACUGUAGCUCUCUUACCACUGUAUGACAUGAUAAAGUGCAGAAUCACUUAUCCUACUUCUGCUUCAAACCAACCAUGUGAGAGCAGGGUGGUCACAAUUCCUGUCUGGCUGCUGGGUCCAGGUCCAGUCCACGACAAGAUGGGAGAAGGAAACAGUGCUGUUUCCUUUUUUUUUCUCCUUUCCUCUUUUAUUUAUCUAAAAAAACUCCAUUAUUCCAACAUGAACUGAUGAGAACGCACAGGAGGUCAUGCAAAAAGAGAAGGCAGGUCUGAAAUGCUGAAAAACAAACCAACCAAAAGAAAACUGCAGAGAGAUUAAACCAUGAGCCACAAAAUCAGGUGACCCUGAGGAAGGUGGGCGCAGGCAAGGCAACAGGGCGAGCAUGCAGGCUGAAACCAGAGCCAAACGGGGCCUGGGAGCAGCAGCAAGGGCUGCCAACCAAAAUGCCACUGUCUGUCUGUGUGUGUCUGUGUGUGUGUGAGGAACAGCAGGGACACAGGAGGGGGCAGAGAGAACAAGCAGGAAAACAAGUACAUACGUGAGCUUGAAGGGUUUCAGGAAACAGCAGGGUCAGAGGGGUUUAAUACUUGGAAUGAGCAUCAGCCUGGAUUUGAAAAAAGAGAAAUAAAGGCUGACAAGUAUUAGUGACCCUUUGGGGAAGCAGAAUGUUGAAUGAUGCAUGUGGAUCAGGUUUAAUAUUGACAAACUGAGAGCCCAGUCCAGCUGCUGUGACACUGUUCCCAGGGGAGGUUUUCUCCUUUCCACGCUCCCUGGUCUGGUGAGAGGAGCUGCAGGUUUAGCACUAAAGGCACCGUGUGAAAUGCUGAUGGACCAGAGUGUGCACCCAGAUGGACUGAGGGACAAGGGGACAGAAGACAGACCAGAACAUGCUUGGGACUCUCUGGCUACCCCCUGCAUCCAAGGGCAGCCAGCAGUUCCCUGGCAGAAGCUGGGAGGGAUUGGGUUGGGAGAAGUGUGUGUGAUGUUUGACAGAGGGGCCGUGCCAGGCUGGCAGAAGAGUGGGAGAGGCUGAUAAGGAAAUCAGAGCCACAAGUAGCAUGCCAUGGAAAAGAGCAAGCAUCUGAAUGGUACUGGGAUGGAAUUUAGGUCUGAAUUUUUCAAGUGGGAACUCCAGACAAGACUGGGAGUCUGGCUUUCCAUGGGUGUGUUUUAACUGCCUGCAGGGUAAACAGACCAUUGUGUUUCUCCUUCUGUGACAAGCUCGCCCCGAGGUUCUUGCACCAGCACAAACACCUUU